UCGUCUCUCUUUAGGGUUUAACGAGGGGUUCUGUCCGCUGCUGAGCGUCCAAAAGAAGACGAGCCAAUGGACUCCGCCCACCUCUUGCCGGAGCCGUUAACGGCGUCAAGCCGGAGCUCCGAGAAGUUGAGCCUCCCGGCCCUGCAGUCGAAGAUGAAGUGCGACCCGGAGGGAUACGAGUCGGAGCUGAUCCUACUCCUCCGCCAAUUCCAAUCCUCCAUGGAUUUAUUCAAGCAGCAGGGUGAUAUCAGCUUCAGCUCCUUGAGCGGCGUCGGUGCCGAUUCCACCGUGGUCAAGGACCUCAGUGACCGCGCCUUGUUCCUCGCCCACGUCGCUCCGUUCUAUCCCAAGCAUUUGUCUCGGUUCCCGAGUGAACUCGUCGAGUUCCUGAGCACCAGCGCGAGGUCAUUGCCCUCUGGGCUCAGGUGUCACGUUACGCAAGCGCUCAUUCUUCUCGUCAACCGGAAGAUGGUCGAACUGCGGGAGACUCUUGCUUUGUUCAUGGAACUACAAACGCUGGACGAUCGGAAUCUGAGGAAGCUCGCUUUCUCGCAUGUUGUGCACAGCAUUCGAAAGAUGAAUCAGAAGCACAAGAAUGAAGCUGUGAACCGAGGCUUUCAGAAUAUUUUGUUUCCAUUGUUACAGAACGAGGAGGAAGCAAAAGCUAAGAGAUCACUUAUUACACUUUGUGAGCUUCACAGAAGAAAGGUGUGGUUUGAUGAUAGAACAGCCAAUGCCAUUUGCAUGGCAUGCUUUCAUCCAUCAUCAAGGAUCAUGAUUGCUGCUCUAUCAUUUCUUCUUGAUUAUGAGAAGAUUGAGGAUGAUACGGACAGUGAUGACUCAAGCAGCGAGGACGAAUCACCUCAACAGACAGCCCAAGUUGUCUUUAACAGAGAAGCCAUCUAUAAGGCUCACCAUAAAGGCACCGUGGCAAGCAAGAAGAAAAAGAAGGCAAAGCUGAAACGUGCAAUGAGAAGCAUGAAAAAACAACAGCGGAUGUCCUCUGAAAGAAGCAGUUCAAAUUAUUAUUCUCCCCUUAAUCAUUUGAAGGAUGCACAGGGAUUUGCUGAGAAGCUAUUCUCGCGCCUCCAGACUUGCAAUGAACGUUUUGAGGUUAAAGUGAUGAUUUUGAAAGUAGUUGCUCGUGUGAUUGGGCUGCACCACUUACUCUUAUUGAAAUUUUAUCCUUUCAUUAUGAAGUAUGUGCAGCCCCAUCAACGUGAUGUCACAACUUUACUUGCAGCAGCAGUUCAGGCCUGUCAUGACAUGGUGCCUCCUGAUGCAGUUGAGCCUCUUUUCAAACAAAUAGUGAACCAGUUUGUACACGAUCGAUCACGUCCCGAGGCGAUUGCUGUUGGAAUAAAUGUAGUGAGGGAGAUAUGCCUCCGCAUGCCCUUGUUGAUGACAGAGGAGUUGCUGCAAGAUCUUGUUCUGUAUAGGAAAUCACACGAGAAGGCAGUUUCAACCGCUGCUCGAGCUCUAAUGUCUUUAUUUAGAGAGCUUUGUCCCUCGAUGCUUGUGAAGAAAGACCGGGGCCGUCCGAGUGACCCGAAGGCAAGGCCAAAAGCAUAUGGAGAAGUUGCUGUUGCCGAAGACGUUCCUGGUGCGGAGUUGCUUCAGCAUGAUGAUGGUGACAAUAGUGAGGAUGAUGACGCAGACAGCGAUGAAAGCUCGGAUGAGGACAUCAAUGGUGUAGAAGAUGAGCCUUUGUCUGGUGGAUCGGAUGAUGAGGAUGCUCUGAGUGGAGACGAGGAUUUGGAAGAUGAAAUGUUGGUUGAUGACGACAGUGAUGAUAAGAGCUUACAUGAGGUUGAAGUUGAUAACUCUUGCUCUUAUGAGGAUAUUGAUGAUGCUAGUAGUGACGGUGAAAAUGAGAAGGGGGAUAUGGACAAUGAUUUGGAGGGUGAUGAUGAAGAAAGUGAUAGUGAUAGAGCGGAUUACGAGGAAGCUAAUAUAUCUCUUGGUUCAGUAAAUAAUGGAAAUGAUAAUAAAUCAUCUAAAACAAAUAAGAGGAAAGCUUCUGAUUUUGAUGGUCAGCUGAUCGCUGGGGACGCCAGUCUUCGUGCUCUGAAGAAAUUAGCAGGAGGAAAGCUGAGCAAGGCCCCGACUGACUCAGGAGACGGGAUUCUUUCUAAUGAAGACUUCAAGCGUAUUAAGGAACUUAAGGCUAAGAAAGAUGCGAAGGCUGCCUUGACCAAGCAUGGGUUGUUAGGGAAGGGUUCAGAUGCCAAGACGACAGGUUUCAAGUUGCCUGAUCCCGACCAAUUGAGUCUCAAGCCCAUGGAUCCUGCAAAACUUGAAGCACAUGUGAGGCAUAAGCUAAGCAAAGACGAGAGACUGGCACUGGUGAGGGCUGGAAGAGAGGAUAGAGGAAAGUAUCAGGCACGAGCCGCUGUAAAGCAAAAAAAGACGGGUGGUCUCAGCAAUAAGCAGAAGGAACACAAGAAGGCUAUGCCACUUGCUGCAAAGAGAGCCAAGGUAGCGAGAUCUCGCCAAGAGAAGAAGAGGAAACAGCGCGGAGGCAAACAGUUCUCUGGGAAGAAAGCAUGGAAAUGAAGUGGAGAUGCCGACUCAUAGAUGGAGGAAGAUACAUUACUUGAACCCCGAGAGAUGUAGUGAGCUUUGCAAUUGCGGUCAUCCGUUCUGCUUAAUGAUUUCCAUUUUCUUGAGUUUAUUAUACUUCGGGGGAGUUUUCCAUUUUCCCCAGAAUCUGACGAUUACGUCAAUGUUCUUCUCUUGGGUAGGAUGAGGUUGGUAAUUGCUGUACCUCCAACUCUCGAAGAUUUAAUAUCAACGAGAAAGUUAACCACCUCCUUUCCCC